AUGUCUACGAUUAGAGAGAACUGGUGGAUACCAAGAUUAAGAUCAAAAGUGAAGAAAAUGAUCAACUGCUGCAACCUGUGUAAAGUAUUCAGUACAAAACCGUACGGGACUACAACCACCGCAGAUUUACCUACCUUUCAUACUCAAGGCGGAAGACCAUUCGAGACGACCGGGAUAGAUUUCGCAGGACCGUUGAGCUAUAAAGUAUCGAAGACCGAAGAAGGCAAAUGCUACAUCAUCAUUUUUACGUGUGCGGCGUCCAGGGCCGUUCAUCUCGAAGUUACAAAAUGUCAGACAGCUGACGAGUUCAAGAGUAAGCUCAACGCCUUUAUCACCCGACGUACGAGACCGAAACGCAUUAUAUCCGACAACGCGUCCACCUUCCAGUCCACUGCUAGUUGGGUAAGGAAAAUACGAAAGAGUGAAUCACUUCAAGACCAUCUAGCGCAGCGAGAGAUUAGAUGGCAGUUCAACCUCUCCAAAUCGCCGUGGUGGGGAGGUAUGUACGAGCGCCUCAUCAAGGAGAUCAAGAAAACGCUAUACAAAACCAUGGGAAGGUCACAUCUGUAUUACGAUCAAAUGGAAGCGAUAGUAAUGGACAUUGAGAGACACCUCAACAACCGUCCAUUGACCUACUUGGAAAGUCAUAAUGGUGAGGAGCAGGUGUUAAAACCCAACGUAAUUAUGUGGGGACAGAAUUCUCACGUCGUUGAAGACUGUGAAAUCGAAGGUGAUGAAGUGAGUAAACUUCACGCAAGGUUGAUGAUGAAACAGCAACACGUAUGGCGCCGCUGGGAGAAAGAGUACAUCCACGGACUUUUGGAAAACCAUAGUAUUCAUAGAGGAGCCGGAAAUGUUCCGGAAGUUGGAGAAAUCGUAUUGGUUAUUAGCGACGGAAAGAAUAUGGGAGAGUGGACUAAAGGAAAAGUUAUGCAUCACAUUAAAGGCAAAGACGGUGUAGUGAGAGGGGUGACACUCCUUCACAAAGGCCAUUAUAUUCAAAGACCCGUUACUCUUGUGUGUCCAUUAGAAAUCAAGUCCGUAGAGAAGGUUCAGGCUGAGGAAGCAAGCAAAGAUAUAUUCGCGCGUGAGAAAAUACAGUUAUUAGCAAAUGAAGACGAGUGA